AUGUAUACUGCAUGUUUAUUUGAUCAACCAGUAUUUGUAGCAAGUGGUAAUAAACCAAACACUGUACUAUCAUCAUCAUCAAAUCGAUUGUCCAUAAGUGGAAAUCAAACACCAGUUAAUCUUAUUAAACACAAUGAAUAUAAUCAAUUAGAGCAUGGUAUACAUCAUUUAUGUAAAGAUAAUGAACUUGAAGGUUCUAAUAUUCUACUUGGUAUCGGUUUAAAUGAUACUACAACAAAUGUAACCUCGAUUACAUCAUCUCAAAAUAUGUAUGAUAUUGAUUCGAAAGGUGGAGCACAAGAGGCGUGUGUAUCGCAUAGUUUUCGACAAAGAAUAUUACAAAAGAAAUCAAAAAAAUUACAAAAACUACGUGAUAAUUCUACGCUGUCCAAAGAAACAUCAAACUCCUCCUUGUCUAGUUUACAACAAUCAGAGAGUAAUUCAAACCAAUUCAAUUCUGAAACAAUCAAUAAUUCUAAUUUAACUUCAGAUGGUGACAAAUCCUACUCUAGACUGGAUUCUGGUGAACAUCCUCCAAGUCAUUCAACAUGGCCACCUCCAUCAUCUAACAAUGCUCGUAUGAGUUAUCCUUCGAAAUUCGACGAAACUUCGCCUAAAUUAAAAUCAGGUUAUACACCUCCUAGUAGUGGUGGUGGUGGUGGUGGUGUGUCUUUAUUACCUCAAACCAGACGUCGUUUACCAGCUGAAAAUUCUUUAUCAAAAGGUUCACGUUCUACUAGUCAAAAUUCUGUCAAUAAUAAUAAUAAUAUUAAUAAUACGAAUAUCAAUCCUACUGAUUAUUCAAAUUUAGAUUCAAAUGAAUCAAUAAUGAACUCCAAUCCUCAUUGUACAGACAAUCUAAUAAUCACAUCUGGUAGUAGUAGUGGUGGUGAUACAUCAAUGAAAUUAAGUGAUUAUGAUAAGAAUCCUUUGCCAGAUAAACCAUCAUUACUCAAUAAAGUUCGUUCAUCAGCUAGUCUUGUUAGCAAUUCAUCACCACAAACAUUACCUAAUGCUUUAAGUUUGAUCACAUCCAAUGAUUGGGAAGAUAAAGUAGCUGGAUUAGAAUUAUUAGCACAAAUUGUUACAGAACAAUCGAUACAUUUAGUACAAACCACACAAACUACUGGUUCAGCAUCAGCUGGCUCAUCGAGACAACCUGCAACAACAAGCCUAUCUUCUAGUUCAGCUCCAACCCUCAUACUUACUACGGAAACGCUAAGUCAAGCUGUACAAGCUGUUAUCACUGAAUGUAGAAAUCUACGUUCUCAAGUUUCACGUCAAGCUGUACAAACUAUGGGUAGUUUAUUUCAAGGUUUAAACAGAGCAAUGGAUCCACAUGUCGAUGUGUGUAUACGUGUAUUGUUGACUAAAACUGGUGAAGCAGCUGCUGCUUUUCUACGUGAUGAAGUCUCUGUAAUAAUGGAUGAAGUUAUUCAACAUGCUAGUCCAUCACGUACAUUACAAGCUUUAAUUCAACAUGGUAUUGGUCAUAAAAAUGCAGCUGUUCGAUUACAAACAGCAUUACUUGUUUCUCGUAUCGUCGAGCACUUGAGUAAUCAUGGCCGCAUGAAUUUAUCAAAUCGCAGCAAUAUUACUCGUGGAUCUGGUAGUAACAGUAGUAAUACUAACAUUGGUCGUUUAUCAUCAUGGGGUUCAACAGGAAACUUGAAUACUGUCUCUUCAGCUACUUUAUCUUCAUCGAAUUCAGUUUUUCUAGGCGGAUUUAUGGAACGUUUAGUAAGCGCUGUUAGUCAAUUUCUGACUGAUGGAAAUCAAGAAACACGAUAUUAUGGACGUCGUCUGUUGAGUUCACUGAUUCAACAUCCUGAUUUUGAGAGAACUGCACGAAAACAAUUAACUGGUCAGUCUUUACGAGCUGUAAAAGAAGCAACUGAUCAAAUUCAUCAAAAAGGUGUCGGAGACUUGCCACCAUCAAUGUCAUCUUCAGCUGGUAUUCGUCGUAGAGGAUUUUCACCAGCAGCGGCAAGAUCACGUGGACCUAGUGCUAGUGGUGGUGGUGGUGGUGCUGGUCUUGGUGGUUCCAAAGUUGUUUAA